AUGGUAUGUUUUGGAGAUCAGGUCUCGGCAAUUUCGGCGCCAAAUCUCCACCACUCAACCACCACCUCACUUCACCAAAUGGGCGCCGAAGUUAGCGAGGCUGUCAAGUCAGACCUUAAGGAUUCAACUUUGAAGGAAUUACUAUUCGACGAAAAGUUUGUUGAAAGACUACGGGAAUCCGUACCAGUGCUUGAUGAUAACGAGCAGGUAUUAGCCUUCCUUUUCGGAAGCUUGGAUGACAUAAUCAGGCGUCUCGCUUAG